AUGUUGGUCUUAAGCUCGACGCUCUCAAAGCUCUCAGCUCCUUUUAGCUCUCUCCCAGAGGGAUGUAAACGCAGACGCAAGCAGCGAUACUACCCUCCAGGUGGCCUCACCGAAUGCAUUCCGCAAUCCAUCAGCGCAUUCUCCAUUCCACCUGAUGACCCAAUCCUCCGCGCUGCCGAGGCUUCCCUGAGGGCACGUAAGGGCAAUGUUGCAGCUACCCAGUUUGCGCACCAUAUAGCACGCGACUUUGACCAGGUUGCUAGCUCCGAGGCCACUGCUGAGGCUGCCGGUACGGCACCAUGCGCUCCGGACCCGAGCACGAAGAUGAACGACGAUCAUGGCGCGUCUGUGGGUUUUGAUGUCGAUGCUAAUACUCAGUAUGCUCCUCGGCGCACAAUCUUCCGCGGGAGGAGCAGCGUCGACGUUCUGGGAUAUCCCGACGACGAUGACAGUCACGGACGCUCGUGCGCCGCCCUUCCCCGGUUCGACAGACGCCCGCGUUCUCGGUCGGUGUCCGCUUCUCCCGGCAAUCUCUCGAGGUCGCUUUCGUUCGCCACUCCUCAGUUCCGUAGACCUUUUUCUUUUAUUAGUGCAAGCGCGGCCAAGGCAUCGCUCCUCGCUCAAAAGCGCCCUCGGACGGUUAGGCGGUGUACCUGGCCUGUAGUUCUUUUGGCUCAAGAUCACAACCCCCGCAAUGACCUAAUAGGCGCUCAGCCCAACUCCUCGGGGGUUCUCACGUUCCAAUCUAGAUAUUCUUCGCGCUACUUUCCGGACAUAUGCUCGCCGGUGACUCCAGCUCAUCUCGGGAAGACGCUUGCUCCUCUGGCUAGCGAAAGACUCAGACAGGAGUUGCGCGAUCAAGGCUAUUUGCGAGCCCAUGACGACAGCCCCGAAAACACGGUUUCAGUCUUUGGCUAUAUGCGGCGGACGCUCAAUUGCUGUUUCCUAGCGCCGACAGACAGCACGGACGGUCUCAGAAUAGACGAUACACAACGUUCAACCGUACCUCGCCGGCCUUUCUCUGACAGCCCGCUGGGGCGGCGAAUAGGACGUAUGGUCGCAUAUGAGAUGAUCGAGAACGCCCAUGCACCAUCUAUGACGUCGUUCGUCUUCCAUGCGUCUGAUAGCGGCUUUGAGAAUGAGAACGUCGGUAUUCCACUCGAGCUCGCGACAGCCAUGGAGGACGAGGACGAGAGCCCGAGCGUGAUGGUCACCAGGACUUCCUCGCGCGACUUUCAGACGCAGACUGUGUUUUACUCGUGUUCGGACUAUGCGACGAUGUCGAGUCGGGCGGUGGCCCCUCCUGCUGCCUCCUCAAGAGGUACACAUCUGGCGCAGCUCCCGUCAAGAGGUGAUGAGUCCUGGGUCACUGCGUUCUCUUCGCCCCCACGGCCGCAUGUUGCGCCAUCUGCCGGGAACAUUCUGCUCAGACACGAAUAA